AUGGCCGGCGCCGUGGACUCCCCAUGGCCUCGCUCCUUCCGUCUGAAGCCAAAGCCCAAUGGCUCGCGGGUGCUGUUCAGCCACGAUUGUUUCCAGGGUCCACAAGAUCUAUCCCCUGAGGUUCUUUGCAGCGACAACUUGACCAAAUCCGAACAAUUGGCGCGCGACUUCCUCGAUGAGGCUGUCGUUGGCUUUGACAUGGAAUGGGUUUGGCCAGAGACAGAAGUUCUCAAGGGAAGAGUUGCGCUCAUCCAGGUUGCGAGCGAGAGCAAAAUAGCCUUGUUUCACAUCGGACGUCAUGACGGAGAUGCAGCCGAUCAGCUCAUUGCGCCGUCGUUGCGCACGCUCAUCGAGAGCCCCACUGUACUGAAGACUGGCCAAUCUAUCAUGGGAGAUUUCUACCGACUCAACAAGCCAAACUUUAAUUCUUCCUAUUAUCCAGGAGGUCUCAGAGGUCUGGUCGAGAAGUACUUCCCGGGAUACACGUUGAAGAAAACUGAGCACAUGCACAAAGAUUGGCUGGCGCCGCUUGAAACAAACCAAGAGCUUAUACAGUACGCCGUUGCAGAUGCAUAUGCAGGACUUAUGAUCUACCAUCGGCUGAAUGCGUUACGACUGAACAUGCAGCCUUGUCCGCCCCUACCAGCACGGGUAGAAGAAACUAGGGCUUACAAAGAAUACACUUCGGGUGUUUUUCCUGAGCCAAAGCCAAUUUACUUGCAGUCCAUCCACCCGCAUGGCGAAGUCGACAAGCUAGUUGCGUUGUACGAUCGGCUGGUAGAGCUUCGUCAGAAGAUAGCGAAUGAGGAGGAGAUACAACCUGGCGAGCUCACUACUGACUGUACACUUCGACAUAUCGCCUCAACCCGGAUUGCGACAACGGACGAGUGCAUAAAGCUACGCAGGAUCUUUCCACAGCUGCGCAAAGUCUUAGCCAGAGAGUAUGCUAAAGUGGUAAAUGCUUUCCAAGAGGAGAUCCAAAGUGCAGCGGCAAACCAGCAACCUGAACAUGGAUCUCCAAAGAUUGGUGAAGAUGCCAAAGGCACCGUCUCAGAACCUCCCCAAAUGCCAGCGGAAGAGACCGGCCAGGCACAUACUGGACUUUCAUUCUCCAUGGCAGAAACUGGGAUCGCUACGGACGAGCAUACCGGCGGCGAUACCGAGCCUGAGAGCGAUGCCGAAGAAACGAAUGAAAUCCCAGCAAUCCAUCCCUCAGCUAGUUUUAAACAGAAUCAAGACACGGACAAGCACAACGAUGAUGCACCGUUGAAACGAAAGCGUUCAACAAGCCCACAAAUCGGUCGGCAACCUCCCGCGAAGAGCUCCUAG